AUGCGCGGGAGUGGAGCGUCCGACGCCCCCGUGCUCGGCUUCCCCGAGAAGUUCGACCUGGCCCUCCGCUACGGCGAGGAGCUCGUGCACGGCAACGAUGCGAUCGACGUGUCGGACCGGCUGCUGCUCGAUGCACUCGCAAAGCAGGCACAGCACGGCGCCUGCAACGCGCCGCGGCCGAGCCUCUUCGAUGCGGAGGGGCGGGCGCGCUACUCGGCCUGGUGCCAGCUCGGCAACACCUCCAAGAUGGAGGCGAUGUUUAUGUACACGCGCGCGCUCGAGGAGCUCGCCCCCGAAUGGUGGCGCUGGCCGCCACUCGAGCUCGUCCCUCCGGCCACAAACGAGGCACGGGCGGAUGGCGAGUGCGGCGAAGCGGGCGCUGACACGGCGGCGCCCAACGGCACGGCGGGUGCCGAAGCCGUGCCGCCAGCGGCCGCCAACCACCCCAACUCUACCGAGCCGCCCCCCGUGCCAAACGGCGCCGUGACGCCCACGGCGCACCCGGCGCACCCGGCGCAUGUUGCGCCGCCCUCAGCGACGCCGUUGGCCAGCGAGCCGGAACAUCCACCGGGGGGUGCGCCGCCGAGCGCUUUGCGGCGCCUGACCGUCGGGGGCUGGACGCGGCUGGCGGAGCAGGGCGCGCCGGCGCGGUACAGACACGCGUGCGUGGUGGUUGGCGCGCGGCUGCUCGUCUAUGGCGGACGGGCAAACUCCGGCCGGCUUGCGGCGAGCAUCUGUGUGCUCGACUUGCUGAGCGGCGUCUGGUCCGAGCCGACCAUUGGCGGCGCGGCGCCCGAGCAGCGAUGGGGGCACACCAUGUGCGCGUACCGCGGCCUUGCGAUCGUCUUCGGAGGCCACCGCGGGCGCGGCUCGCUGUGCGACACUCCUGUCCUCGACACGCAAUCCAUGGCGUGGGCGUCUCCGUCGUUGCCGGGCCCACCGCCGCCGCCGCGCGGCACCCAUGCGGCCGCCGUCUGCGCCGACCGCUUGUGGGUGAUGGGGGGUGACUCCCCCGCCGCUGGCGCGCUGCAGAUGGACGUCUGGAGCCUCCCGUUGCGCGGGCUGGCGGAGGCGUGCUCGACGCGGGCCGACGCGGCGCGUGGCUGGGAGGUCGCAGACACGUCUGGCGGCGUGCCGCCGCCGUGCCGCGACGGCACUGCGUGUGCGUGCGGCCCGCGCGUGCUGCUGAUCGGCGGGGCCGGCCCGUCGGGCUACGCACCGAUGGCGUCCCUCUGGCUGCUGCACGUCGAGGAGCUUUCGUGGAGCGCGGUCCACACUUCCGGCUCCGUGCCGCGGCCCCGCGCCGGCCACUGCUCCGCCACGGCGGCGCAGGCGGCCCUCACGCACGGCUUCACCGAGCUGCAGGUCGUGGCGGUACCCGCGGCAGGCGACGGCGGGCCGGCGGGCGCCGCGGCCGCGGCGAGCGCGACGUCGCAAGAGCAGGCGCUCUCCAUGAUGCUGCAGCGACUCGAGGAGCUCCAGCUGCAGUGGCGCAACCUCGAGGGGGGGACGACCUCGCUGCUCUCGCAGGCGUGCUAG